CUCCAGCUCGCUCAGGCUGCCUCCGCCGCCGUCACCGCCACCGCCACAGCCACAGCUUUCCUCUGCUGCGGGGCCACACAGCCUUGAGUGUCAUUCCAGGGAAGGCACAACCUCGCCCAAGCUCUCCUACCUCUGCCCAGCCAUCCCUCUCGUCCUACCCCUCCUUCCUCAUCCACACUCCAUCCAAAGAAGAGGGACAAGACGAACAGAAAGGGGAGGAAGGCAAAGUCUGCUCUUCUUACUCCGUGUGUCCUCCCCCUACCUCCCGCAUCCUCAUUCUCUCACCUCCAACCAUCCCCUAUCCCAAAGGGACCGCUCCUUUGGGAGCCGAGGCGACUCAUCCCACUGCCAUGUCCAAAAGCUUGAAAAAGAAAAGCCACUGGACUAGCAAAGUCCAUGAGAGUGUCAUUGGCAGGAACCCGGAGGGCCAACUGGGCUUUGAGUUGAAGGGGGGCGCCGAGAAUGGACAGUUCCCGUACCUGGGGGAGGUGAAGCCCGGCAAGGUGGUGUAUGAAAGCGGCAGCAAGUUGGUCUCAGAGGAGCUGCUGCUGGAAGUGAAUGAGACCCCCGUGGCGGGGCUCACCAUCAGGGACGUGCUGGCUGUGAUCAAACACUGCAAGGACCCCCUCCGGCUCAAGUGUGUCAAGCAAGGAGGAAUUGUUGAUAAAGAUCUUCGUCACUACCUCAACUUACGAUUCCAGAAGGGUUCUGUGGAUCACGAACUUCAGCAAAUUAUUCGUGAUAACCUCUACCUCCGCACAGUGCCAUGCACCACAAGGCCACAUAAGGAGGGCGAGGUCCCUGGAGUAGACUAUAUUUUCAUCACUGUUGAAGAUUUUAUGGAACUGGAGAAAAGUGGUGCUCUCCUAGAAAGUGGGACUUAUGAAGACAAUUACUACGGAACUCCAAAGCCUCCUGCAGAACCAGCACCACUGUUAUUAAAUGUAACAGAUCAGAUACUUCCAGGAGCCACUCCAAGUGCUGAAGGAAAAAGGAAGAGGAAUAAAUCAGUGAGCAACAUGGAGAAAGCAAGUAUAGAGCCUCCUGAAGAGGAAGAGGAAGAGAGGCCUGUGGUCAAUGGAAAUGGUGAAGUAAUAACACCAGAAUCCAGUGAACCUGAAGAUAAGAGUGCAGGUGCCUCAGAGGAGACACCCUCCCAGCCUUAUCCUGCACCAAUGUACAGUCAGCCAGAGGAGCUGAAAGAGCAGAUGGAUGAUACAAAGCCAACUAAACCUGAAGAGAAUGAGGAAUCAGACCCAUUGCCUGAUAACUGGGAAAUGGCCUAUACAGAGAAGGGAGAAGUCUACUUUAUUGACCAUAACACAAAGACAACAUCAUGGCUGGAUCCACGACUUGCGAAAAAGGCUAAACCUCCAGAAGAGUGCAAAGAAAAUGAGCUUCCAUAUGGCUGGGAAAAAAUCGAUGAUCCCAUAUAUGGCACUUAUUAUGUUGACCACAUAAACAGAAGAACACAGUUUGAAAACCCUGUCCUGGAAGCAAAAAGGAAGCUACAGCAGCAUAACAUGCCCCACACAGAACUUGGAACAAAGCCCCUGCAGGCCCCAGGUUUCCGAGUAGACAGCUCCGCGUUGACAUUACCUAGGCCGAAAUCUGGCCACCCCCGCGCUGCCCUGGAGAGGUCACGUAGCGUGAAUGACUUGACUUACUAUUGGCGUGACUACACAGGGAGACCCUGGCCGUUGGAAAAACCACUUUUCACCCGGGAUGCAUCCCAGUUGAAGGGAACAUUCCUCAGCACCACCUUAAAAAAGAGCAGCAUGGGUUUUGGAUUUACCAUCAUUGGUGGAGAUGAGCCUGAUGAGUUUCUGCAGGUGAAAAGUGUGAUUCCUGAUGGACCUGCAGCACAGGAUGGAAAAAUGGAAACAGGUGAUGUCAUUGUCUAUAUUAAUGAAGUUUGUGUCCUUGGACAUACACAUGCAGAUGUAGUCAAACUCUUCCAGUCUGUUCCAAUUGGUCAGAGUGUCAACCUGGUACUGUGUCGUGGCUACCCUUUGCCCUUUGAUCCCGAAGAUCCUGCUAAUAGCAUGGUGCCACCCCUUGCAAUAAUGGAGAGGCCACCUCCAAUGAUGGUAAAUGGAAGGCAUAACUAUGAAACAUAUUUGGAAUACAUUUCUCGGACCUCACAGUCAGUUCCAGAUAUAACAGAUCGACCACCUCAUUCUUUGCACUCAAUCCCAGCUGAUAAUCAGCUAGAUGGCACGUAUCCACCACCUGUCCAUGACGACAAUGUGUCUAUGGCUUCAUCUGGAGCCACCCAAGCUGAACUUAUGACCUUAACCAUUGUGAAAGGUGCCCAGGGCUUUGGCUUCACUAUUGCUGACAGCCCUACAGGACAGCGAGUGAAACAAAUACUUGACAUUCAGGGAUGCCCUGGCCUAUGUGAAGGGGACCUCAUUGUUGAGAUCAACCAGCAGAAUGUACAGAACCUGAGCCAUACAGAAGUAGUGGAUAUACUUAAGGACUGUCCUAUUGGAACCGAGACUUCAUUGAUUAUCCAUCGAGGAGGUUUCUUUUCUCCAUGGAAAACUCCAAAGCCUAUAAUGGACCGGUGGGAGAAUCAAGGCAGUCCUCAAACAAGUUUAUCUGCUCCAGUCAUACCACAGAACCUGCCCUUCCCACCCGCCCUUCACAGGAGUUCAUUUCCUGAUUCAACAGAGGCCUUUGACCCAAGAAAGCCUGAUCCAUAUGAGCUCUACGAGAAGUCUAGAGCCAUUUAUGAAAGUAGGCAACAAGUGCCACCCAGGACCAGUUUUCGAAUGGAUUCCUCUGGUCCAGAUUAUAAGGAGUUGGAUGUCCACCUUCGGAGAAUGGAGUCUGGAUUUGGCUUCAGAAUCCUCGGGGGAGAUGAGCCUGGACAACCUAUUUUGAUUGGAGCCAUCAUUGCCAUGGGCUCAGCUGAUAGAGAUGGCCGUCUGCACCCAGGAGAUGAGCUUGUCUACGUGGAUGGGAUUCCAGUGGCUGGCAAAACCCACCGCUAUGUCAUCGACCUUAUGCACCAUGCAGCCCGCAACGGGCAGGUCAACCUCACUGUGAGAAGAAAGGUGCUAUGCGGAGGGGAGCCCUGCCCAGAGAACGGGAGGAGUCCAGGUUCAGUGUCCACACACCACAGCUCUCCACGAAGUGACUACGCAGCCUACACCAACAGCAACCAUGCUGCCCCCAGUAGCAGUGCCUCUCCCCCCGAAGGCUUCGCCUCCCACAGCCUGCAGACCAGUGAUGUAGUCAUUCACCGCAAAGAGAAUGAAGGCUUCGGCUUUGUCAUCAUCAGCUCCCUCAACAGGCCUGAGUCAGGAUCCACCAUAACUGUGCCCCAUAAAAUCGGACGCAUCAUUGAUGGAAGUCCUGCAGAUCGCUGUGCAAAGCUAAAAGUGGGAGACCGGAUAUUAGCUGUGAACAGCCAGUCUAUCAUCAACAUGCCUCACGCAGACAUCGUGAAACUCAUCAAGGACGCAGGUCUCAGUGUCACCCUUCGCAUCAUUCCUCAGGAGGAGCUCAACAGCCCAGCUUCAGCACCCAGCUCAGAGAAGCAGAGCCCCAUGGCCCAGCAGCACAGUCCUUUGGCCCAACAGAGUCCUUUGGCCCAGCCAAGCCCAGCAACUCCCAACAGCCCUGUCACCACCCAACCAGCUCCACCUCAGCCACUUCAGCUACAAGGACAUGAAAACAGUUACAGAUCAGAAGUAAAGGCAAGGCAAGAUGUGAAACCAGAUAUCCGACAACCUCCUUUCACGGACUACAGGCAGCCCCCACUGGACUACAGGCAACCCCCAGGAGGGGAUUACCAGCAACCCCCACCUUUGGACUACAGGCAGCCUCCCUUACUGGAUUACAGGCAGCAUUCCCCUGACACCAGGCAGUACCCUCUGCCAGACUACAGACAACCCCAGGAUUUUGAUUAUUUCACUGUUGACUUGGAGAAAGGAGCCAAAGGAUUUGGAUUCAGCAUUCGUGGGGGAAGGGAAUACAAAAUGGACUUGUACGUGUUGAGAUUGGCAGAAGAUGGACCAGCAGUAAGGAAUGGAAGGAUGAGGGUAGGCGAUCAGAUUAUUGAAAUCAAUGGGGAGAGCACGAGGGACAUGACGCAUGCUAGAGCGAUAGAACUCAUCAAAUCUGGAGGAAGAAGAGUGAGGCUACUGCUAAAGCGCGGGACAGGGCAGGUCCCAGAGUAUGACGAACCCCGCUCCCGGAGUCCUCCCGCUGCCGCCGCCGCAGGUCAGCCGGAAGUAGGCGCCUCCCUCGAAGACGUCCUCUCUCCAUUCUCUCCAUCACAUCCAGCCCCACCCUCCGACCCUUCCCACCAGAUAAGCCCAGACCCAACUUGGGAUAUCAAAAGGGAACACGACGUUAGGAAACCAAAGGAGCUUUCGGCCGGCGGCCAGAAGAAGCAGCGCCUCGGGGAGCAGCAGAGGGAGCGCUCGGCGAGCCCGCGGAGGGCCGCGCGGCCGAGGCUCGAGGAGGCGCCCGGCGGCCAGGAGCGGCCCGAGCCCGGCAGGCCCUCCUCUGAGGCCAGGGCGCCCGGCGCCGCGGCGACCGAAACGACAGACGCGGCCCGGCCUGCGGGCGGGAAAGAAGGACCCCGCGCCGCGACGGGCCCGCAGUUGGGCCGGCAGGAAGGCGCCGGGGCCGCGCCUGCGUUCGCGGGCCCGGGCGGGGGUGGCGGGGCGGAGCGCCCGGGCGCGCGGGAGGCCAAGGGCAGGGCGGGCGCGCGCGGGGGUCCCCGGCCGGGAGCGAGGCCGCCAGGGGGCGCCCCCCAGCGCAAGGCCGCCGUGGCGCCGGGGCCCUGGAAGGUGCCUGGCUCUGACAAGCUGCCGGGCGCCCUGAAACCCGGCGCCUCGGCUGCCGGCUGGUGAACCGCGCUGCUGCCGCCGCCGCCCGGCCACCCGGCCGCCCGGCCGC